ACCCCCCCCCUCCGGAAGGAGCCAGCUCCGGUCCUGGCCUGCCCCGGCCCCACCUGGAGUCCCGCACUCCCUCUACAAUGGCGCUUUCGGUGCGCGCCACAUCUCGCUAGCCCGCUUACACCCCCCAGACCCUGGGUCUCCCUUCCUCCCAGCUUCGACCACUCGGGAAUAGAGCAGGGGGUGCAGCCCUGUCUUGCCUCCCGCCGUGUGAGCCAGGUCGGCCGUCACGCACCCCUUGCUGGAUCCCGCGCCCGCCCGCCGCGCCGGGGCCGUUUAAAUGGGCCAAGUUGUGGCGGCGGCGGCGGCGGCGGCGGCGGCGGCGGGAGUCUCCCAAGUCCCCGCCGGGCGGGCGCGCGCCAGUGUACGCGGGUGCGCGGCCCGGGAAGCGGAGCGGGGCGGGGCGGGGGCCUGGGACCCCCAGGCGGGGCGCGGGGCCCGAGACUUCCCGACUCCUCACUGCCCUGCUCGGCCUGGCGGGCGGACCAGCGAGCGGGGCGCAGGGCAGCCCCAGGGGGCGCGGGCGCAGGUGUCCCGGCGCCCCGUGGAGCCCCAGGGCCCUGGAGCUGCGGUGCCCGGCACGUCGAUUCGAGAUCGAUAGCAGCACCAUGCCUCGGGCAGCCAAGACCCCGCCAACCGGCCGGGCAGCGGUCCGAGGUGGGCCGGCUGCCGGCUUCGGGGCGCAGUAGCGGGAAGGGCGGGCGCGCGGCCAGGCGCCUCCCGGGCCCCCCACCCUCGAGACCCAACUCCGACCUGGGCCGGAACAAGUUGCGCCGGCGGCAGGGAGCCAGGCUGCAGGACCAGCGGCCCGCCAUGCCGGCCGUCAAGAAGGAGCUCCCGUGCCGCGAGGACCUGGCCCUGGCUCUCGCCACCUUCCACCCGACCCUGGCCGCCUUGCCGGUGCCGCCGCUGCCUGGCUACCUGGCGCCACUGCCUGCGGUGGCCGCCCUGCCCCCUGCCGCCUCGCUCCCCGCCGCGACCGCCGGCUACGAGGCGCUGCUGGCUCCGCCGCUCCGCGCCCCGCGCGCCUACCUGAGCCUGCACGAGGCAGCCCCGCGCUUCCACCUGCCCCGGGACCCCCUGGCCCUCGAGCGCUUCUCGGCCACUGCGGCCGCGGCACCGGAUUUCCAGCCGCUGCUGGACAACGGCGAGCCGUGCAUCGAGGUCGAGUGCGGCGCCAACCGCGCGCUGCUCUACGUGCGCAAACUCUGCCAGGGCAGCAAGGGGCCGUCCAUCCGCCACCGCGGCGAGUGGCUCACACCCAACGAGUUCCAGUUCGUCAGCGGCCGCGAGACGGCCAAGGACUGGAAACGCAGCAUCCGCCACAAAGGGAAAAGUCUGAAGACGCUUAUGUCCAAGGGGAUUCUGCAGGUGCACCCUCCGAUCUGCGACUGUCCGGGCUGUCGGAUAUCUUCCCCGGUGAAUCGGGGGCGUCUGGCAGACAAGAGGACACUUGCCCUGCCCCCUGCGCGAGUCCUAAAGAAGGAACUGACCCCCAGCUUCUUGUCCAGUGAUGGCGACAGUGAUGGGAGUGGCCCGGCCUGUGGGCAGCAUCUGGGUUUGAAGCAGGAGAACGACCCUCACGUUCGUAUCAUGAAGAGAAGAGUCCACACCCACUGGGAUGUGAACAUCUCCUUCCGAGAGAUGUCCUGCAGCCAGGACAGUGACUUCCCCACCCUUGUCUCCAGCCUGUGUCAGGGAGGCCACCUCGUUAUGCCCGAGCAUCAGAGCCGCUGUGAGUUCCAGAGAGGCGGCGUGGACCUCGGCCUGGGGGCCACAGGUGACUUGCUGGGCAAGAGGCUGGCUCGCUCCCCCCACGUCAGCAGUGACUGCCCUUUGGAGAAGAAGGCCCGAAGCAAGUCCCCCCAAGAGACUCUGUUGCUGCCGGAACUAGGGCCAAGGAUGGCCCCCGAAGACCAGUAUCGCCGGCUUGUGUCCGCACUCAGUGAGCCCAGCACCUUUGAGGACCCCCAGCGUCUCUACCACCUGGGCCUCCCCGGCCAUGGCUCCAGAACGCCUGUCAGGAUGGACCUUCGUGCGCCGCUGGCCUCCCUUGCCUAUCUCCUGAGGGUCCGGCAGGAGGUGGCCACAGCGGCUGUGAGGAGCCCCAGUGGUCUGGAGGUCCACCUGCCCUCAUCCACAGGUCAACGUCGGAAGCAGGGCCUGGCUCAGCUCCGAGAGGGCACCGCUCCAGCUGGCGCCCCGUCCUUCUCAGAGAGGGAGCUGUUACAACCACCUCCCUUGCUGUCAUCUCAGAAUGCCCCGCACAUCGCCCUGGGCCCCCACCUCAGGCCUCCCCUCUUGGGGGUGCCCUCGGCUCUGUGCCAGACCCCAGGCUAUGGCUUCCUGCCCCCCGCCCAGGCGGAGAUGUUUGCCAGGCAGCAGGAACUCCUGCGGAAGCAGAACCUGGCCAGGCUGGAGAUGUCCGCAGAGCUGCUGCGUCAGAAGGACUUGGAGAGCACGCACAGACCUCAGCUGCUGGCGCCCCAAACCGCACUGCGCCCACCAGAUGGCGUGGAGGAGCUGCCCCGCCGUGGGGCCAUGCUGGUGCUGAGACACAGCUCUGCGCCACUGUUGGCCCUGCCCCCGCAGGGAUCCCCAGGGCCCGGCCCCCCUACUCCACCCCGGGAGCCCACCCGCGGAGCCCCACGGAAGGGGGGCCCCAGCCCGGCCUGCACUGAUGCCAGCGAGCCCAAAGAGACCACGGGGACUGGGCUCUGGGCACAAGACGGCUCUGAAGAUGAGCCCCCCAAGGACUCAGAUGGAGAGGACCCCGAGAUGUUGGCUGUUGGGGGCCAGGCCACAGCUGGAGAGGCCAGCUCAGAGGGGAAGGGGUUUCUCCCAGGGUCGGUGCUUCCCUCUCCGCUGCCCCUGGGCCUGCCCUACGCCGUCAGCCCCUACCUCCACACAGGCACCAUGGGGGGACUCUUCACUGAUGGGGAGGCCACAACCCCUGAGGAUGUCAGCAAGUGGACAGUGGACGAUGUCUGCAGCUUUGUGGGGGGCCUGUCUGGCUGUGGAGAAUAUGCACCGGUCUUCAGAGAACAGGGCAUAGACGGGGAGACCCUGCCUCUGCUGACGGAGGAGCACCUCCUGACCACCAUGGGGCUGAAGCUAGGACCAGCUCUCAAGAUCCGGGCCCAGGUCGCCAAGCGCCUGGGCCGGGUCUUCUACAUGGCCAGCUUCCCUGUGGCUUUGCCACUGCAGCCACCAACCCUGCGGGCACCGGAGCGGGAGCCUGCCUCCAGGGAGCAUCGCCUGUCCCCGGCAAUGACCCCCUCUCCCUAUGCUGGCCGAGUCUCUCCCAAGCAAGAGAACGGUACCAUGGCUCUGCUCCCAGGGCCGGCAGACCCCCCCCAGCCUCUGUGCUGAGUGGGAGCGGGCUGCUCGGCCCGCAGCCCUUCUGUGCUGGCUGCUCCAACGACAAGGGCCCUACCCCCACGGCUUAUUUUCCUUUUGGUUUUGGAUGCAAAAACAAUUUUAAAAAGGAAAACGUGACUUAAGAGGAAAGGAACGUGUUUCCAAAGAUGGGGUGGCUGUAGAACCCGGCACAGACAGCUGGGGGGCUCUGUACCCUGGGCAGCUACAGGCAGACCAAAGACAAGAGGCCAUGCGGGGCCUGGCUGUGCCCCUGGCUCCUCUGGGACUGGGGCUGCUGGGAGAUUUUCAGCAUCCUGACAUCAGGCAAGAGGUCAGGGACCCUCUCAGGACCCGCCACCCUGGGAGCAGUCGUGGGCAGGCUCCAUGUGCAUUUCAACCCCAAGGCCACCACUUCAGGGAUCAGCACAGCACCUGGUACUUUGAUCAUUUUGUUGUAAAAAUAAAACCCUGCUCACCA